ACUAAAUCUGGCCCUUGCGCAAAGGUUCUUGAUGACCCCUGCUCUACAACCAUCUCCGGCCACCAGGGGGCAGUACUCCAUCGUCCUGAAUCCUCUGGUCCUGUCCUGAAUAUUUCAGUCUCUUCUCAGAAACAAACAGUGAGGGUUGAGGGGAGGUGGUGCCAUUGCGCAUGAGACGCUAACUGUGCGUAAAGUCCACUUUAACAGCGUGCACGUUUCUGAUCAGACGGUAUGGAUAAAUGUCGAGGCUCAGGUGAGCUACAGGUGAUCUGAGCACGGCUGCAGUCCCUCUAAAGAUGCUCUGUUUUUGGCUGUGACGUCUGUGCGUGGUGGUGGAUCUGUUUUGGAGUCUGACACACGAUCUGGAGGAGUGAUCGCAUCGUUAAAGUUUACUGCUGUUGAGUGGUUCUUCUUUUUGGUUGCAUUCGGAGCUGACUGGUGUUUGGGUGUUGCUCUACUAUGGGGGACAGCGUGCGUAUCGGGCUCUUGUGUUUCUGCUCCGUGGAAGUUUAGUCACCCUAACCCUCAUCUUUGCAUCUGAAGCAUCAAACAUUAACUGAAGUCUGCACGAGGAUUCAAACUUCACGAGUGGAAAUGGCCAGCGAGCGGAAGCCUCGGCUGUGUAUCAUGCUGAAAGCAGAGGGUGGAUAUGGAUUUCACUUACACGGAGAGAAAGGGAAGAGUGGACAGUUCAUCCGGAAAGUGGAGCCUGGCUCCCCUGCAGAAGCUUCGGGGCUCCGGGCUGGGGACCGAGUGGUGGCUGUGAAUGGGAUCAACGUGGAGAAAGAGACACACCACCAGGUGGUUCAGCGGAUCAAAGCUUUAGAGAGCGAGACCAGGUUGCUGGUGGUCGACCACGAGACUCAUGAAAGCCUGCGCAGCCUCCGCCUCACGGCCACAGAGGAGAUGGCUGUCCUCGGGGUCGGGCCUCCUUCCUCCUCUUCUACCCCGGCCUCCCCCUCUCAUCCCCCUUCGUCCGUGUCCUCCACCCCGAGCAAGAAGCGGGAGAACGGCUCGUUGUCAAAGCAGCCAGUGACAGCGAGCGGCCAGGUGCAGAAACCCACCAGGAGGUCCCCGUCGAAGGCGGCCAAGAAGUGUUAUCAGUGUUACCAGUAUCUGCUUGGCUUGGCUCACCUCCUUCUCCGUGGUCAGACCCAGGAGCCUCUGGCCCCAGCUGAACAUCUCUCCCAGGCCCAGCCUCAGUCUCAGCUGCGGCCCAAAGUCGACCCAUCUGAGCUCGCCCCCCGGCUGUGCCACCUGGUCCGGUCUGAGGCAGGUUACGGAUUCAACCUGCACAGCGAACGAUCCAGACCAGGACAGUACAUCCGCUCUCUGGACCCAGGAUCACCGGCGGACCAUGCAGGGCUCCGACCUCAGGACCGUCUGGUGGAGGUAAACGGUGUGAACAUCGAGGGCAUGCGGCAUGCGGAGGUGGUGGCCUUCAUAAAGAAAGGUGGCGAUGAGACGUGGCUGCUGGUGGUGGACCCCGACACAGACGAACACUUUAAGAGGAGGGGGAUCGUCCCCACCGUCAACCAUGUCAAAGACUAUGACGGUCCGUCCAUGUCUAACGGCUCCCCCAACCCUCAGGUGAACGGCAGCUCGACCACGCAGUCCAUCCGGUCGACACGUUCCGACCUCAGCAGCCAGGGAAACAGCACACAACUGGGGGAUGACGACGGCAGCCGGCUGAUGGACCCUUUCGCUGAGAUCGGACUGAGUUUGAGCGCGACGGCAGCAGAAGAAAAGAUGAAGGUCCACGCCAAAGAAAAGAGGAGGGCACCGCAGAUGGACUGGAUGAAGAAGUACGAGCUUUUCAGCAACUUUUAGGGCGUUUUUCCUGAAUGACUUCAAACAAAAAAGGACAGAAACGUAAGCUCUUCACAGCCAUCAUGGAAGGAUGUUGCUCUUACUUACAAAUCAGAGAAAGAAUAACUGAGGAUAUUUUAUUACUGCCUGGAGUAUGACGAAGGAAAAGUUGCUUAAUGGAUUUAACUUUUUAAACCACUUUGGAGACCCUUUAACAACCACUUUAUCCCUCUAAAGAGAUUACAGACUGAAAAACUGAGCAGACUUUGCUGAAACUUUCUCUGAAGGAGAAGCGUCUGAAACGUGCGCAUAUCAAAAAGGAAUAUUUGCAGAAAUAUUUUUCACUAAUCUCACCUUUCUCUACUCCCCCCCCUCUUCUACAGACUGAUUUCUAACAAAUGAAGGAGACGUUAUUUUUAUAUUGAAAAAUAUAAACAAGUAUCUAAAAAGCAUCAGCAUUGACUUUAAAGGACACUGUGACAUGAAUGAUUGUGGAUAAAUUAGGAAUGAGAGAAAGUCCAAAGAUGGCAGAAGAUCACUGUGAAAGAUUUCAGAACCUUGAGCUCACGGAGGAUGAGGUGGCUGAGAGAGCUUUCAAAUUUACUCUACAUGUUUUUUUUACUUCCUCAUAGAGUUAAUGUGCUGAUAACAGAUCAGACCUGCUUUAUUCAGAAAUAAUCCAUGUUAUUUGUUAUUUAGAGCUCGGUUGUACUAAAUCUAUCACCACUAACCUCUUUUCCUAAAGUGCUCCGGUGCACACCUGCAUUAAAAAGGGAAGCACCACUUUAGAGAAAUUAUUGCCGUUAGAAAUAGGAACUGGAACGUCAGAGGAAGGAAGAUUCUCAGGACAAACAGCAUGAUGAAGGAGAGUUUUUGUGUAGAAGCAUUCAUUUGUUCAGAGGGUGAAAGAAAUCACAAAUAGAGACAACUUUUCAGACUGAAACUGAAAGAAAAUAUUUGUUAAACCGAGUCAAAAUUUAAUUUAGUUUGAAAAAGAUUCUUCACUGGUUAUAUGACAGUCACAAGAUAAAUUUCACCUUUUAACUUAAAAAAAACUUUAUUAGAUGUUCUGGCUCAUUAUGAAAAUCAUUUAAAUGCAACGAUAGUUUACCAUACAACAUUUAUUCUCUCUGCGCAGAGUCAGAUGUGAUCUUUUAAGGUUUCUGGUUGACAGAUUUGUUUUUAGAUGUAAUUUUCAGCCAUUUUGCCUUCAUUGAAUGUUAAAGCAGAAGAGAGACAGAAAAGAUGGUGAGGGAAGUCGUUAUACAGCAGAGAGAUUUAGUCUGAAAUAAAACCAGCAGUUUUAUCAGUUUGGAAAGUACGACGGCCUGUAAGGGCAGUUUUAAAAUGAACUAAAACAAAGUGGAUCUGUUGAUUUUCAAGAAAAAAAAAAAAGUUUUGGAGUCACAAAAGUCAAAGCUGUGGAUUUUAGUCCAGAAUCAUCACAUCACUGUUUUUAUCAGGACUUAGAAGAGACAUUUCUGUAUCUAUCCAACCACAGUUUUAUUUUGGAUCCUUAAUCAUGUCGUUUAUCUAUGACUUUGUAAAGCUGACAUUUUUGAAUUUAAAUAAUCAAAAUAGACGACUUUCUAAACUCAAACAUUUUGUUUCUCCUGUAUAUUUAUGACUUACUAAACUUCAAAGUGUCUAGUUUUUACCCUUAAAUAUACACCUCUAAAAUGUUAUAAAUGUAUGACUUUAUAACUCAAAUUUCAUCUGUAAAAUUUUUUUUAAAUCUAUAGAUUUUUGA